AUGAGAAGUACUCGAAGAAUCUCGAAGGCAAAGGCUGUGGCUCAGAGCCUGGCGUUGGAUCCCUAUUUCAAGGUGCUGGGCGGCCAUAUCCGGGAGGAGCCGGUUGACAGGAGCGCGGUCGAGCACGAUGCGAAGCUGACAGAUGUCGACAAAGCCGUCAGGCACUGGUUCAUGCGGGAGUUUUGCAGACGGUGCAGCCUCGAGAAGCGGCAAUUAUUGUACUUGGGGAAGGGGUUCAACGAAUCCGUAGAUGAGCCUUUUGGUUGCCAAGAUAAAAGCUGUUGCCAACUGCACGGCGGGGCAGAUCAUGGCUCAAGUGGAGAAGGAGAAUUGUGCAAUCAGCAAUAA